UAGGCUACCUUCCCACUGCGGGACAGCUGUUUCGUGUUAUCUCGGGCCUGAGACCAACAUAGAGCCAUGGGAAUACAGGGAGAGUUUACUUGCGACCCCACGGCCUUCAAGGUCACACCGGAGAUGAUACAGUCCUACAACGACGUUGGAUAUUUCCUAGUUAGGGGAUUCCUGUCAAAUCCUGAGCUUGAUAAGCUAAAAACUGCCGUGGAACACGACCGAUUUUUCGAGAAAGGUUUUGGGCUGGCUGAUGGAACCGGAAAAGAAAGCAGACUGGUCAUGUGGAGACAUCCAGGAAAUGACGUCACAGGGAUGUUCGCCAGGUCCGAGAAAAUAGCGGGAACCUGUGAACAGGUUCUGGGAGGCGAGGUUUAUCACUAUCACACCAAGCUGAUGACAAAAGCUGCUCGAACUGGUGGAAAACAUAUCUGGCAUCAAGACUAUGGUUACUGGUACAAGAACGGGUGUCUGUUUCCAGAUAUGAUGAUCAGUGGCUUCAUUCCUAUUGAUCGAUGCUACAAGGAGAAUGGAUGCUUAGAGAUCCUGGUCGGCUCUCACAAGUGUGGACGGAUUGAGCAUACUAUGAAGGCCGGACAGACUGGGGCAGAUCUGGACAGGGUGGCAGAGAUAAGAAAAAUAUGUCCCCACACUUACGUAGAGAUGGAUGCAGGUGAUGCCCUCUUCUUUCACGCUAACCUGCUCCACACCAGCGGCGACAACCUGAGCGACACCAAACGCUGGGUUCUCAUCCCCUGCUACAACCGUAAGGAUAACAAUCCGCUCUACGAACACCACCACCCACAGUACACGCCCCUGGAAAAGGUGAAAGAUUCAGCUUUUCUCGAAUGCCAGAACUUUGAUGACUUGAGCGGGAAAAUGUUCAACCGUCCAGAGGAGGAUAAAACAGUUGAUGGAAAUGCCCACUAAACAUGUUGCAGUAAUUAAAGUUGCGUAGCACACGAAUCAAUCCUAAAAAUCAAAUUUCGCAAGGCGUUUAAAAAAAAGUGUCCAUCUUCAUAGAAAUUCGCUUAGUUCAUCUUUUCCUGUACUGUUAGAAAAUUGUGAAAAUGAUUACAUUUGUUGAAUUGUGAGGUUAAAUUUUGGUGUCUUAUUGGUGUUCACAUUCUCGAUGCUCCUGACUUUUACAGAUGAAUGACUCACUGUUAAUACAUAACUACAUAAUAUGCUGGUCCAUUAAUUUACAGGCUGACUUUUAGAUGAGUACCAUAAUCAGCGUCUUUAGAUGUUUAAAAGUGUAAUGAUGAUCCUGUUUAAACACCCUUGGUAAUUUUUCAGGGGUUUGUUGGGUGUUUUGUGGAAAACACCAAAAUACUGAUGGAUCUUUCCCUAUUUUUCAACGAACUAACCUUAACACUAACCUUACCCCUAACCCAACCAUAAAUCUAAACCUAACCUUAGCCUUACCUUAACCCAAACCUUAACAAUAACCGUAACCUAACCCUGACCCUAACCCUAAAUUUAAAUCUAACCCUAAUCCCAACCUAACCUUUCUCCACAUGUUAAUCCCAGUGCUAGCCCUAACACCAACCGUGACCCUAACCCUUAUCAUAACCCUACCCUUAUCAUAACCCUAACCCGCUAUUACUAACUACCUAACCCUGAGCUCCUGACUGAUCGUAACAUAAAGAGAAAGUGCUGUUGGGGUCUGUUAAACCCCCAUCAUGUAAUCCAGCUUCAACUGAGAGAAAACAAUGGUGUCGAUACAUCUAAAAUUUCAUGAUUAUUGGUUUCUUUGUGGGCAAGAUGGAAUCGUGUUGCCUUUUCCCCAGUGCUCCCAAACUGCGAUACCUUGGCCCUUGAGAUGUCGACCUCCGACUGCCAAUUAUUGGCUUCAAGAAAUUGGUAUUUCAAAAUAUGUACUAUAACCAAGAUACUGAAAUAGACGCUUAAAAGUACUACUCCCGCUUGGAGCUCUAUUUUGUGUUGGAAUAGAAUAGCAAUAUGAAAUUGAAAGCGUUCCUUUAAAUAAAUAAAACAACAAACAAACAAACAAACAAACAAACGCCGAGCAUAUGGAAUGAAAUCACUUCCGAUACAUAGAGUAAGAACAAUUAAGAACAACAUUAUGGUCAUGUCAAAAUCUACAGUUCUUGAAUGAUAUAGGAGGUGCAGAAAUGGCUACGUGUCUCUUAAUAGAGAUUUGUUCACUCGAGUUACCUUACAAGGGUGUAUCAGCCAAAGAUACAGACACAAUUAACGGGUCAGAUAAUAUGAUAUAAUAGGGUGCACACAGCAAUGGAAGUUGUCGAUGAACGGCACCGCUUUUUGGAGUUAAAAAAAAAAAAAAAAAAAAAAAAAAAAAAAAACUGAAAAAAAGUUAUAGUUGCAAUAGCAUGGGUUUAAUUAUAUAUUUUUUUCUCAAAGAAACAUUUUUCUGGUAUUGCAUGUCUUUAUUUGCGAGGUACUGUCAACUCAGUAGAUGUUUCUCAAUUUCGAAAGUUGUUGCACUAUUCAUUCGCUUAAACGUUCCAUCUACGAAAGCGGAAUAAACAUAAUUAUGGA